GUUUAAAACUCCCGUUGCUUCUUCCGUCAUCACUCCCACGCUACCAAAUCACUCCGUACCAUACUUUCCUUCCUCUUCAGCUCUUCUCUAAUCUCUCCCAAAUCCCGGACCCUCUUCACAAUUCUCACGGCGAUAGAAAUCUGGUUAGAUAUUGAUCAAUCAGUGUUUUCAACGCCAUAUCAUGUUUAACGGCGAAAAUCAAGCGACAAAAGCAGAUACUGUGUGAAGUCAAGAUUCCGUUUUUCUCUUUACUCCCUUAACUAAUUUCUUUCUUUUUUUCAUAAAGCCCUUUUCUAUGUCACACCCACACUCGCACAUUUAUUGAGCUGAGUGUGUUUGUAUGUGUGUUACCGCCCCUUGUUUCAGCUCAAUUCUCACGGAUGCUUCUGUUUUCUGUCUCCUUGGCAAGUGAAUCAGCCGCAUAGUCUUCAAUAUUGGGCUUUUCUUCGGCAAUCUUAUAGUUGUCUGGAUUUUGUGUGAUCUGGGGUGGGAGCUUUCUUGAGAAAAGGUCAAUGCUUGAUCCAAUCCUGAGUAAUGUUUCAUGAGUUGUGAUAAGCUUUCAGAUCCUAUUCUUUUCUAACUAUGUUAUUUCUCUAUAACCCAGACUUAUAAAUCAAAUCUCUAUGGUAGUUUUGUAGUUUGUAGAAAUUUGUUCUUUCUUCUGCUGAAAUUUGAAAUCUGGGAUUUGGAACUAUUACCCUAUAAAAAAGAAGAAUUGCUGAGAAGUCGGAGUUGAUUGAGGGGAAGUAGAGAUGCAGUCAAGGGGACUAUUGGAAGAGGGGAAAGACCCUUCUGCUAGAGUAUCAAAUCAACAUAAGCCUCUACCACUAAGAUUACUUCAGUUUCUUCUUUUGUUUUUGGGAAUCUGUGUUGGGUUUUCAAUUCUUAGUAUGUACAUGGUUCGUUUUUUUGGAGUCCAGACAGCUGUUCCUAUGUUACAAUCCGGAUAUGAGUCAUGUUAUGAAGAAAUAAGUAGUUUGGGGAGUUGGGUUAGGCCUCCUUCAAGUAUUUUGCAUACUUUAAAUGACACUGAGCUAUUAUGGCGGGCUUCUUUCGUUCCUCAAGUGAAAGCAUAUCCUUUUAAGAGAAAACCCAAGAUUGCAUUCAUGUUCUUGACUAGAGGACCUCUUCCUUUGGCCCCAUUGUGGGAGAAGUUUUUUAAGGGGAAUGAGAGGCUCUAUUCGAUCUACGUUCAUUCUAUGCCAUCUUAUAUGCCCAAUUUCAACACGUCGUCUGUGUUUUACCUUCGACAAAUACCUAGCCAGGUGGCAGAGUGGGGAAAGAUGAGCAUGUGUGAUGCCGAAAGGAGACUUCUUGCGAACGCUCUACUUGACAUAUCAAAUGAAUGGUUUGUCCUCCUUUCAGAGGCAUGCAUUCCUCUUCACAACUUCAGCAUUGUUUACCACUAUAUAUCAAGAUCCAGGCACAGCUUCAUUGGUGUAGUCGAUGACCAAAGCCCUUAUGGAAUAGGGCGUUACGAUGCUAAUAUGGCACCCACAGUUAACAUAACCGAUUGGCGCAAAGGGUCCCAGUGGUUUGAAGUCAACAGAAAGUUAGCUGUUGACAUUAUCAAAGACGACAUUUACUACCCCAAGUUUGAGAAGUUUUGCAGGCCGGCUUGUUAUGUGGAUGAACACUACUUCCCAACCAUGCUCAGCAUGGAGUCUCCGGGCCUCCUGGCAAACCGGAGCCUUACGUGGGUCGAUUGGUCCAGAGGUGGCCCCCACCCUGCUUCCUUCGGCAAGGAUGACAUUACAGAUCAGUUUUUUAAGAAGAUGCUCGAGAAGACGUGCAUCUACAAUAGCCAGCCAACCCAUCUUUGUUUCCUUUUCGCAAGAAAAUUUUCUCCUAGUGCUUUGAACCCUUUGUUAGAACAGUCAUCCAAAUUCUUGGGCUUCUGAAAAGCCCAAGAAUUUAUAUAUACCUUGCUGUGUAUGAAGAAUGAACUUAUAUACCAUUCUUCUUAGAAGACUAGAGUGAUUAUGAUGCAUCAGCUUGUUAAAUGACUGUUAUAACCUCAUCUCUUACAGCAGAAGUGUACACGUCCACAGUCCACUCAUGUAAGGAUAAAAGAUUUACUCACAAUUCCACAGAAAUGGUGUACAUUGUACUGUAACCCGUGAGGGCAUUCUAGCAUUUACACAAAGCUAGAAUAAAGCACGGAUGUGAAGCAUAUACACAAGUCAAAUCGAGCUUAUUACUAUGAUAUUCAAUCAUGAGCACACUAUCUUG